ACGAGGUCAGGUCUGUUAUCGAGAGAUGCAGGGCGCGAAAGUCAGAUGUACGCUGUUGCUAGAGUUCGUCAUGUGUUGUAUUAGCAUCACGCUGAGCUGCAAUGAGGACUUCAAACAAUCUAGAUGGAUCAGAAAUGUGUCGUUUGAUGACGUCGCAAUCGCCGACAACGUCAUAUCCUCUCUGAGUGAUGUCACAACACAACUGGCAUGUGCAUGGGAAUGUCAACAGAAACGUAACUGUGUGUCGUUUUCCUACAAUGAUGAUCACACGUGCCGUCUGCAUUCUCUGAAAUUUGCAAAUAACUCAAGUUAUCUCCCUUCGUCAGGAUGGCGUUACUACUAUCUCAACCCAGGUCAUUGUCCAGUCGAAGAUGGGUAUAUACUGAUUGACAAGCUGAACUUAUGUUUUAAAGUGUCCACCACCAUGAAAUUGUUUGACGAGGCACGUGACAUUUGCAGCGAAUCAGGUGCCAGACUGAUUGUCCUGGACACCGAGGAGAAAAACACAGCUGUCAGUAGCUAUAUCAGGGAAAACAUAGGAGUACAUGUCUAUUUCAUUGGUCUGACAGACAAGGUCACCGAGGGCGAGUACGUGUGGGAGGACGGGACCAUAGCUGGGUUCAUGAACUGGGAUAUUUAUGAGCCCAGCAACAUUGAAGGGGUCGAAGACUGCGUGCUGCUAAUACCAGAGCAGGGCAAGUGGAACGACUGUACUUGUAGUGCCUGGAGUGAAUACAUCUGUGAAACGCAACCAUAGGCAGUACCUUACCAUCAGCCGACUCAAGGCCCUCGUCCUCGUGUUAGCGUAAAUGCUAAACAAAACUAAAAUUUACAAGAGUAUCCAAUCUUCUUAGUUGAAGAUAACAUAGCAACGCAGUGCAUGAGCACACAGUAGACUUGGUUUUCUGAACAAAGUUAAAGUUUGUUUUGUUUAACGACACCACUAGAGCACAUUGGUUUAUUAAUCAUCGGACGUCAAACAUUUUGUAAUUUUGACAGUUUUAAAGAGGAAACCCGCUACAUUU